ACAAUGGCGACUUGAAUCCUGACGAUCCGAUUCAACUUUUUUGUUUACAUUUUGUUUUUCUUUGCAGAAUCAAUCUCUCACUGGCACAGUUUUGUGAUGCUUGGAAUAAGCAUCCAAUGGAGUCAGAACAUGGUCUCUCCCCAGAACAAUUGUGGAUCACUGGCACUGCUCAAUUCCAUGGUGAAAUAACGUGUCUUCAGGAGUCUGCUGAGUCUUUUGGGGUUGACUUGGAUGGGCCUCUUUCAUUGGAAUCUGAAUCUGAAGCCGAUCGUGUUGAAGUCCCUUGUGUCACCAACCCCCUCCAACAAGGAGAUUACUUGGAGCUAAAAGCAACUGUUGAUCCUACCAAACCUUGUGAAGAUUUUGGUUACACUUACUACAUGAACACACUGGCAUUUGUGCAUUCAAAGAUUGCCAAUGCAUUGUAAUUUUGUUAAUGAGACUGUUUGAAACUGAUGUAAAUGUGAAAGUUAGAUCUAAAGUCUUAAAAUUUGUUUAGCUAUAUAGGGUGGUUCAUAGUAAAAUUGGAAAUUUUGGUGCAGAAACCCUCAGUUCUGGCCUGAAAAAUAUUAAACCACACCCUUCUGAGUGGGCAUCAGUUUGUACUUUUGGCUCAUGUACCUUCAUCAUUCUUCACUUUUCAGCUGAAUUUUUUUUACGAGAUGUUUAAAAAACUUUAAGCUAGUAAAAGUUGGAUUUUUUGAGAGAUAAAAAUUUCUCAGUCAGUAGAAGUUGUAACAAAUAUACCAAGAGUGAGUAUGCUUCUUUAUAGACACAAUUAUUAGUGCAAUGCUGUUACAUUUUGGACGUUUCUGCUAGUACUUACAACUUUAAAAUAAUCUUAAAUUAUAAUAAUUAUAUUCAAAAAUAACAUUGCAAAUUUAAAUAGUUAGCAGUGGUACAAAGCAAUGUUUUGUGAAAGAAUAAAGGUAAAGUGAAGAAUAAUGGAGCUACUGAUAAGCAUCUAACGCCCACUCUGGGUCACUCCUAUUAAUCAUAGAUAUUAUUAUGUUCAACCAUGUGUUACUUCUUUGUGAUCACGUGAGGGCCACAUGAUUGUGCACUGAGCCCUUUCUUUCAGAGACGUCUUCUCUAGAGUUACUCUAGGUUCUAGAAGACUUGAAGAGUGCAGUACUGGGUCUCAAAGAGAUUGUGUGGAAUGCGCUCUGUACUGGAGUCAAGCCCUACCGAGACGGACGGUGAGACAGAGCCUGUUAGCUUUUGAACAUAGACACUAGACAGGGCCCUUUCGAAACUGAACGGACUCUUAAUAGCCUCGCUGAUUAGACGGGACGGGAGUACAUAGACUCCUGGUCAUCAUGGACACAGGUAUGUCAGAUCGUGUACGAGACCUUCUUAGGCUUGCUGUUCAGAGCUUGGAAGCAGGUCCUAGUAGUGGCAGCAAGUCUACUUCUCAAGCAUCACCUGCAACAAGCAGGACAGAGGUCCCUGCACUGAGUGAACGUAACACACUUUUUAAUUAUACUGGGAAGAGGAAAGGCAAAUCAUCGCUCCAGAACAAGGCAAAAAGGAAGAUUACUCUAUGGACUCACAGUUUUAUUUGCCUUUCUAGCACUGAUACUUGUAGACCACCAACAUCGAUGCAGAUGGCGGAGCUAAUGAGGGCUGGUUUGGGGAGAAAGGAGCUGCACAUCAUUGAUGGUGGAGAUUCGAGUGACGUGCAUUCAGAAAUUAUUUAUGCCUUUCCCAAAUUGAGAGAUGCAGGCGGUUAUGAAUUAUUGAGAAUAAGUGAUGCGAACAGGAGCGUUUUACAGCUGAUACCUCCAUUGUCUGAGGGCUACACUGUGCCCUAUCUUAAAGAGGUACUAAAGCAGGCUAAGGUCUAUAUCAGGCCACUCCAGAGAAGUCUAACGUUAGACCAGGUUCCGUCAUCUAGUAUUACUUUUCAGGACUAUCCUUCAGAAAAGUGCAUGAUUUGCUCUUGUUUUUUUCCUCUUCAGGAAUUGAGUGAGCACAUCCGAAUUUGUAAGAGGAAACCAUCAAUGGAAGUGAAGAGCGAUGAUGAUGAUGAUGAUGAUGAUGAUGGGUGCAUGGAAGACCCACCCUUUAAUGACGAUCCUAUUGUAAAUCUUGACAGUCCUAUAGCUCCUGCUGUUGCCGAGCUCAACAAAGAAGAAGCACCUAAUCAAGUCCUUAAGGAGCCAUGCUCUUUGAAUGAUAUUAUGAGUCAGCUAUCAAUGAAUAUUGUGAAUGAAGAAUUUCAGGUUCAAGUUGGAAGGGAGAGUGUACUGGAUGAUUUGUUGCUAUUAUCGGAAAGUGUUAUUGAAUCAUUGGCUUCUAAAAGACUCACUGUUACUUUUCUUGGAGAGCCUGGGGUCGACGUGGGAGGAGUCACUAGAGAAAUGUGGAGCUUGUUUGUUAAAGGUGUCCAGAGCUUGUGUGAUGGAAGGGACACUUGUAAGAUCCCGCGACAUAAUACACUCCUACUGCGGGAUGGUGUCUAUAGGAAGCUAGGGAUGCUAAUGGGUGUUUGCAUUAUCCAGUCGGGCUCAGGUUUCACAUUCUUUUCUCCAUCAGUUUAUCAAUAUCUUUCGGGAACCAAGAAUUACAGAAGUAUUAAUCCAGCGCCAGAAGAAAUUCCCGAUAAGAAUAUUCUAUCAUUACUCAAUAAACUCUCCUUAGCCUCUGAUGAUACGUCUUUGAGGACAUUAGCCAUGGAUAAUUGUGACAAUCUAUUGUCAUGCGGUUAUCUAAAGCCAAUUCACACAAUCACCUGUAAAGAUCUCAGUACACUAGUGGCAGCUGUCUCCUUUCACUGCGUCAUUAGUAGUGUCAAGGCUGAACUAGAUGACAUAAGAGAUGGUUUAGCAAAAGUUAAUAUUCUUUAUGCGAUGGAGGCAUUUCCACAAUCCCUUGAACUUUACUUUGUUAAGAAAAGCACUCCUUUAACAGCUGCUCAAGUAUUGAAUUUAUUUGAAAUUAAAAGAUUUUCUGAACCAGGCUCCUCUACCUUUCAAAUGGAACAAGCUACUUAUAAUCAAUUUCGAGACCUUUUGAGAGAGAUGGAAAGAGGAAGUGUAUUGACCACUCUUAGUCAAUUACUCAAUUUUUACACUGGCUCAAAUGAAAUACCUCCAACUGGGUUUGAUUUGUCCUCAACUCUGCAGUUUAGUAACACAAUUGACUUGCCCACAGCAUCCACUUGUUCUCUAUGUCUCACAAUACCUACCCAGUACUUUGAUAAAUAUGAUGUAUUUAAAGAAAAGAUGCUUUGGGAAUUGUCAACCAUGGGGGAUUUGGACUUCAUUGAACUUGUCAUUCUAUAUAUACUCAGUAUUCCACAUUUACAAUUAAACAGUCUCACUUUUCAUUUAUCUCAUGUUCUCAUGUAAUCUUUGAUUACAUAUUAUAACUACACACGUGUUUGAAACUUGUUAAAAGUAAAGCAUUGCUAAAUGUUAUUUGAAAA